AUGGCCGACGGCACAAUGCUCAAGGCAGAUAAGGACUACACCAAGGAAGUAGACAGCGCCAUCCCCGAAGCCGAAUCCCUCGCCUCAAAUGGCCAAACACAAGCGGCCAUCGACCGCCUACUCGCAUUAGAGAAGCAGACACGACAGAGCUCCGACCUGCCCAGUACAUCGCGGCUGAUCGUGAAGAUUGUGACGAUAUGUAAGGAGAGUGGCGACUGGAGCCUGCUCAAUGAGCAGGUGUUGCUGUUGAGCAAGAAGCAUGGGCAGCUCAAGCAGGCCAUCACCAAGAUGGUGCAGGUGGUGAUGGGGUUCUUGGACGAUGCGCCGAGUCAGGAUACUAAGCUGACAGUCAUCGAGACGCUACGGACGGUGACGGAGGGGAAGAUCUUCGUCGAGGUCGAGCGAGCGCGCGUCACCCGCAUCCUCUCCAACAUCAAGCGCGAGCAGAAAGACAUCACAUCUGCCAAAGACAUCCUCUGCGAACUGCAAGUCGAGACCUUCGGGUCCAUGUCGAGGCGAGAGAAGACCGAAUUCAUCCUCGAGCAGGUAUCUCUGUGCAUAGACGACAGCGACUGGACACAAGCAGGCAUCUUGAGCCGCAAAAUCAGCACAAGAUACUUCAAUCGCAAACCGAAGCGAACACCAGAGGAGAUCGAGAAGCGAAAGAAGGAAAAGGAGGAGCAGGCACGGAAGCAGGCAGAUACAGCGGUGGGCGAGGAUGCGAAUGCCGACCCCGAGGAGGAUGAUGUGACCGACCUCAAGCUGCGGUUCUACGAGCAGCAGAUCACACUGGCCAAGCACGACGACAAGUAUCUUGAAGCCUGCAAGCACUACCGUCAAGUCCUGGACACCGAAGCCGUGGAAGAGAACCCAGAGCACCUCAAGGCGUCACUACAGCGUGUAAUCUACUUCAUCCUCCUCGCACCCUACGACAACGAACAAAACGACCUCCUCCACCGCAUAGCACAAGACACGCGCAUUCCUACCUCCUGCCCCACCGAACAUUCACUUCUGAAACUCUUCACCGUCCCAGAACUUAUGCGCUGGCCAAGCAUCCAGAAGAACUUCGGCCCCCAACUCACCUCCACCGACAUCUUCACCACCUCCGAAAACAAAGACGACCCCAAAUCCCACCAACGCUGGCAAGACUUUCGCAAACGCGUCAUCGAGCACAACGUCCGCGUGAUAGCAAAAUACUACACCCGCAUCACCUUCCCACGCCUGACCUCCCUCCUCGACCUCCCCGCCAAGGAAACCGAGAAAUACAUCUCCGAUCUCGUGGUAAGUAAAACCAUCUACGCUCGUAUCGAUCGCCCGGCGCAGAUUGUGAGUUUUGAGAAGAUGAGGGAUGCGGAUGAGGUGUUGAAUCAGUGGUCCGGGGAUAUGAAGAGUUUGUUGGGGUUGUUGGAGCGGAUUGAUCAUCUGAUUACGAAGGAGGAGAUGAUGGCGAGGAUUCAACCGGCGGGGGAGAAAGCUGCUGGGUUGAAGUCGAGUGCGAAGGCUCACUGA